CUCUUGGAGAUUCUGGUGCAGCUGGGGCUUUGGAGUGUGAAGGCGGAAACUCUGGCCAAACCCUGCCGAGGUAUAGAGUCAGCAAGUUUGGAAGAUGAAGCUCUUCUGCCCUGAGGUGUUCGCAGACCCACUCUGUGCUGCCACAGCCCAGUUGCUUCGCAUCUGUACUCUCUUCUUGAUCUGGCUGGACCUGACUCAAAGCUCCAGGGGUCCUGUGGUAACCAACCAGCCCUUCAUCACCGUGUGGAAUGCCGAUACCCAGUCAUGUCUAGAAAGGCACGGCGUGGAUGUGGAUGUCAGUGUCUUCGAUGUGGUCGCCAACCCAGGGCAGACCUUCCACGGUCCUAACAUGACUAUAUUCUACAGCUGGCAGCUGGGUUCCUACCCUUACUAUACAACUACUGGGGAGCCAGUAUUUGGUGGCUUGCCCCAGAAUGCCAGCCUGUAUACCCACCUGACCCGCGCAUAUUGGGACAUCCAAGCCGCCAUCCCCGUGUCUGCUUUCUCCGGACUGGCAGUCAUUGACUGGGAGGCAUGGCGCCCGCUCUGGGCCUUCAAUUGGGAUUCCAAGGACAUUUAUCGGCAACGUUCCCGGGCCCUGGUACAGACACAGCACCCUGAUUGGCCAGCAAGCCAGGUGGAGGAAGCAGCCAAGGACCAGUUCCAGGAAGCUGCGCAGGCCUGGAUGGCAGGCACCCUGCAGCUGGGCGAGACACUGCGUCCUCGUGGCCUCUGGGGUUUCUAUGGCUUCCCCAAUUGUUACAACUAUGACUUUCGGAGAGCCAACUACACAGGGCAGUGCUCACAUUACAUCCGGGUCCAAAACGACCAGCUAAGAUGGCUAUGGAACCAGAGCCGUGCCCUCUACCCUAGUAUCUACAUGCCCACAGAGCUGGUGGGCACAGAGAAAGCACAGCUGUUCGUGCGGCAUCGUGUGGAAGAGGCAUUCCGUGUGGCUGCAGCUGCCAGGGCCCCUCACCUGCCUGUGUUGCCCUAUGUGCAGAUCUUCUACAACAUGACAAAACUUCUGCCCUUGGAAGAGUUGGAGCACAGCUUGGGGGAAAGUGCAGCCCAAGGGGCAGCAGGAGUCGUGCUCUGGAUGAGCUGGGUACACACAAAGACCAAGGAAUCAUGCCAAGCCAUCAAGGAGUAUAUGGAUACCACACUAGGGCCCUUUGUCCUGAACGUUACCAGUGGAGCUCUUCUCUGCAGUCAAGCCCUAUGUACUGGCCAUGGGCGCUGUGCCCGCCACCAGAGCCAUCCCCAGGCCCAACUGUUCCUUAACCCUGCAAGUUUCUCCAUCCAGCUUACACACGGUGGCAGACCCUUGACCCUGAAGGGUACCCUCUCACUUGAAGAUCGGGCACAGAUGGCUAUGAAGUUCAAAUGUCGCUGUUACCAGGGCUGGCGGGGAGCCUCGUGUGAACAGAGGGACAUUUGGUGAUGGGCAGGUUCUAUACAUUGAGUAGACCUCAUGCAGUCUUGAGGUGACCACAGCGUUCCUCAGACACAGCACAGACAAGCAAGUCAUGGUCAUAGUCAGGAGGAUACUCAGUUACUAUCCUGAGCAUGUGUCCUGCACGCACGCACACACACACACACACACACACACACACACACACACACAGG